CCUCGCUCUCUGCCAGCCACUGACCCAUGCAAAAUUAAGCCCCGAAGAUCAAUCAUCUUUUCUCCCUCUAAUUCCUAAUCCCGAUGACUUCUUCCUCUGUCCCCGCAUCCAAACACUCCCCAUCUCUACAGAUUAUCACUUCACUCCUUCGCUUGUUCGUUCUUGCUUCUCUUAUCGAACAAGCACAGCUGUUGGUUGUGAGUAUAGACCAGGAAUUCAAUUCCUCGAACUCUUGAAGGUAUGGACACGGAGCUUUUGGUUCCAGUGGAGACACAAGCGUCGUUGAAGAAGAAAACGGCGGUUUCCACGAGCUGGAUUUUGGUGAACCGCGAUGGAGAGAGUACGGUGCUUGACGUGGAUAAGUACGCUAUCAUGCGCCGAGUUCAGGUUCACGCAAGAGAUUUUCGGAUUCUUGAUCCUUUGUUGUCUUAUCCUUCGAAAAUUCUUGGCCGAGAGAGAGUCAUUGUUCUUAAUUUAGAGCACGUAAAAGCAAUAAUUACGUCAGAGGAAGUGUUCCUUAGAGAUCCAUUUGAUAUUAAUGUGAUCCCCAUUGUUGAGGAACUUCAAAGAAGAUUGCCUGAUAAUACCAUUGGCCAAGGCCGAGUAGCAGAAGAAGAAGAAGAUCAGGCUGGGGAAAGACAAGAGGUUGACACAGAAUUUCCAUUCGAAUUCCGGGCCCUUGAAGUUGCUUUAGAAGCUGUUUGUAGCUUUCUUGAUGGGCGGACAAGAGAACUGGAGACUGACACUUAUCCAGCUUUAGAUGAGCUGACCUCCAAGAUUAGCAGCCGUAAUUUGGAUCACGUGCGUAAAUUGAAGAGUGCUAUGACUAGGUUAACAAACCGAGUUCAAAAGGUAAGGGACGAACUUGAACAACUUCUGGAUGAUGAUGAUGAUAUGGCAGACCUUUACUUGUCAAGAAAGUUAACUGGAGCAUGCUCGCCUGUCAGUGGCUUUAGUGCUCCAAAUUGGUAUCCUAUUUCCCCCACUGUAGGAUCGAAGAUAUCUAGAACAAGUAAAGGAAGUGCAGUGACAAUCCGAGAAGAGAAUGACGUUGAGGAACUUGAAAUGUUGCUCGAGGUUACAAAUAAUCUAAAAUCUUACUUUAUGCAAAUUGAUAGCACAUUGAACAAAUUGACAACGGUUGCGGGAUACAUUGAUGAUACUGAAGAUUAUAUAAAUAUCCAGCUUGACAAUCAUCGAAAUCAGCUGAUUCAGCUAGAGCUCUUUCUAAGUUCCGGGACUGUUUGCCUUUCCAUAUAUUCACUGGUAGCUGCAAUAUUUGGCAUGAACCUUCCAUACACUUGGAGGGAGGGUCACAGCCAUGUAUUUAAAUGGGUGGUGAUCGUAUCGGGAAUGGCCUGCGCCUCCCUUUUCAUGUCGAUAGUCUCUUAUGCCCGGCAGAAAGGUCUUGUUGGGUCUUGAUAGAUGUAAAACCAAUUUGCGAAGCAAACUCAAGAUCAACCCUUGAAGCCACCUUGAAGCCAUCGUUGGUGAGAGAUACAUAUACGUGUAUCAAAUGGGUUCAUUCUUACAUAUAUAUAUAUAUAUACACAUUGUAUCCAAUGUGUAUGCAUUACACCCAGUAUUAGUUAUUGAAUCAUCAACAUGAAUGGAUCAUUCUCUUGCCUUGUAAUCAGGCCUUAAAUGCUACAUAAACCUGAAAAUUAUAAUUGAAAAUAUUUGUAUUGAGUAUUGACAGAGACUAACCCCAGUGUGUUUAAGUUGGGGAACUGUCAAAAAAAAAAUAAGCCUGUGAAAUGUAAUUGUUACAGUGGAAAUUUACAUAUAUAAAGCUUC